AUGUCAGCCACCCCAGGACUUGCCUCUUCAGCCAGCUCAGAUUCUGCCGACGACGAAAUUGAGUCAAUUCUUCCCUUCAACGGCAGGGCGCCCAAAUCCAAGCAAAAGAACACAAAGCCACCACCAGCUCCGGUUAUUUGGAUCAACGGCUUCCCAGGCACCGGAAAGCUCGAAAUCGCCAUCGAACUCCGUCAUCUCAUUGGAAACCACCGCGCCAUCUACAUUCAAAACCAUCGACGGAUCGACAACGUGGCCCUUCCCCGCCGGCAUUCACAAGCUUGGAAGGAAGGCGCCAGCAACCGAAAAGAGACAUUGCGGUCCUACGUUCUUGCCCCACACAUGCGACACAAGACAAUCAUAUUCACCGACUUCCAGACCACCGAUUCGAUCGAGCGUACAGACAACCCCAUCGAAUACCUCGAGGCCGCGCACAAGGCUAACCGGCCGUUCUUGCCUGUCACGGUGAUGUGCAGCGAAGCUGAGAACAUCCGCCGGAUCACCGAUCCAGGUCGGUGUUGGCCAGAGUCAAGCGUGCAGAGGAAGGUGCUGAAGAAUGCAUUUGUUCUGCGAUGCUACCGCACGUUGAAGCUAUUUGACUUUGACGUGGUUGACUACUUUCAUGAGGUGAAGCGGGACGGGUUCGUCGUUGACGUUACGGAGCUGGAUGCUGUUGUUGUUGCUGAGAUGAUCCAGCGAGAGGUGAAGCGGUCGCGGAAGGGCAAGGAGGCCAUGCGAGAAGUUGGAUGCCGGUGGUGA